AUGGAUAGGAGCAUGAUUGAUGCAGCAAGUGGUGGAGCUUUGGUAGAUAAGAUGCCUGAAGAAGCCAAGCAAUUAAUUUCAAACAUGGCCGAAAAUUCUCAGCAAUUUAGUACAAGGGCUGAUGAAGCUACAAGGCGAGUUAAUGAGGUAAGCACUAAAAAUCUUGAAAAUCAAAUUUCUGAUUUAACUGCUUUGGUUCGUCAAAUGGCUGUAGGGCAAUUACAAAUGGCAAAAGUCUGUGGAAUAUGUUCGUUGCAAGGACAUCCCACCGAUAUGUGUUCAACAUUACAACAAGACUCCAUACAAGAAGCUAACGCUCUAAGCGGAUUUACUGGUCAAUCUCAAAGGAAGUAUGACCCCUUUUCUAAUCAUUACAAUCCUAGAUGGAGAGAUCACCCGAAUUUGAGCUAUGGGAACCAAGGAGGACAACAAAAGUAUCCUUUCCAGAAUUUCAAUAGACAACCUCAAGCUUCAAAUUCAGGUAUGUCUUUGGAAGAUAUUGUUCAAAAUCUUGCUAACAAUGCUCUUCAAUUUCAACAGGAAACAAGGUCAAGCAUUCAGAGUUUAGGCAAUCAAAUUACUCAACUGGCUACGUCGGUUAGUAAAUUAGAGGCUCAAAAUUCUAGAAAACUACCUUCACAACCAGAGAUAAAUCCAAAGGAGAAUGUUAGUGCAAUUUUUCUUAGAAGUGGAAAGGAGAUUCCUUCAGGGUCGAUUCUACUUAAAAAAAGUGAACCGAGCAAGGAAAAGGAAGAAAAAGAAGUUUCCUCUAAAGCAUCACGUGGGGUAAAACUCAAUCCUCCUCUAUCUCUUUCAUCUCACACUCCAUUACCUCCUUUUCCUAGCAGAUUAGCUAAGCCAAAAGAAGAUGAGCAAGAAAAGGAGAUCUUGGAUACAUUUAGAAAGGUUAAUAAGCUCAUGUUUCCUGUCGACUUUUACAUUUUGGAAAUGGAUGGUAAUUCCUCAUUAAAAUCAGUUUCGAUUUUAUUAGGACGACCAUUCAUGAAAACUGCUAAGACAAAAAUUAAUGUAGAUGAGGGUACUCUCUCCGUAGAGUUUGAUGGAGAGAUUGAAGUAUUUGCAAAAGAAAAUGUUAGUGAUGAGCAAGAAUUAGAUGCACAAUCUAAUUUAGAAGUGGAAAUUAGAAGCUUGGAUUCGGAUAAAAUUUUCAAACUGAAUGGUCAUAGAUUGAAGAUCUUCUAUGAGGGUGAAAUUGCUUUAUGUCUCAUUAGUUUUCCAUCGGAUCACCCCACUUAUUCGGAUGACUCAAAUAUUAUAUCAUUUCGUCGAGCAUAA